ACGCACUCUCAGGGGGCGAAGAAGAAGAAGAAGAAGUGUGUGAAAAACAGAAACAGCGACGGACAUUUUCCGCCCUCAUCACCCCGCGGUGACGAUUACAAGUCAAGGAUCUUACGCUUUGUGUCUGGAUACUAUUUUUUUUUUUUUUUUUUUUUUACCUGUGGGAGAAGAGAGGGGAGGAAUCAGUCCAGACAAAGGUAUAAAGGGUAGCCGAGGAGGUGAUACAUCCAGCGGUCGGGGUCUGACUGUGCGCCUUGCAGCCGAGAACAGGGCUUUGUCCGCCGCCAUCCUGCGUGCACAGGGGAGGGGGUGGCGGUGAAUUACCGCACCUUCACUGGGAUUAAAGGGAGAAAUCACACCGAAUUCCCUCGUGCAAAGGACGCGACAUGUAUCCACAAGGCCGGCAUCCGGCACCUCACCAGCCAGGGCAGCCUGGCUUCAAGUUCACCGUGGCAGAGUCCUGCGACAGGAUCAAAGACGAGUUUCAGUUCCUGCAGGCCCAGUACCACAGCCUGAAAGUGGAGUACGAUAAACUGGCCAAUGAGAAGACAGAGAUGCAGCGUCACUACGUCAUGUACUAUGAAAUGUCCUACGGGCUCAACAUUGAGAUGCACAAACAGACGGAGAUCGCUAAACGUCUCAAUGCAAUUCUGGCUCAGAUUAUGCCGUUCUUGUCACAAGAGCAUCAACAGCAGGUGGCUCAGGCUGUUGAGCGUGCCAAGCAGGUGACAAUGACUGAGCUGAAUGCUAUCAUCGGGGUACGUGGACUUCCCAAUCUGCCUCUCACUCAGCAGCAGCCGCCUCAUAGUGUCUACCCAGCCUUCAUGCAGCAGCAGCUUCAGGCUCAGCACCUUUCUCACGCAGCCCACGGCCCCCCGGUCCAGCUGCCCCCACACCCUUCAGGCCUGCAGCCGCCCGGACUCCCCCCUGUGACGGGCGCUGGCUCUGGCCUGCUGGCUCUGGGCGCUCUUGGCAGCCAGGCACACCUGCCUGUGAAGGAUGAGAAGAACCACCACGACCUGGAGCACAGAGGCCCCUCAUCAUUUCACUCGCCCCUGGCUAUUCCUCUGAAAGAGCGCGAGUCGAGCACGAAUAACUCGGUGUCGCCGUCAGACAGCCUGCGGGCGGCGAGCGAGAAGCACCGCGGCUCAUCAGAUUACGGCCUCGACUCCAAGAAACGCAAAGUGGACGACAAAGACAGCAUGAGCAGAUAUGACAGUGACGGAGACAAAAGUGACGACCUGGUGGUGGAUGUUUCCAAUGAGGAUCCGGCCACCCCUCGAGUCAGCCCGGCGCACUCUCCUCCAGAGAACGGCCUGGAUAAAUCACGGGUCCUGAAGAAGGAUGCUGCCCCCAACAGCCCUGCCUCUGUCGCCUCCUCAGGCAGCACGCCGUCCUCCAAAGCCAAGGACCACGCCCAUAAUGACAAGUCAUCUACACCGAGCCUGAAGUCCAACACACCUACACCAAGAAACGAGGCCCCAACACCAGGAACCAGCACCACUCCAGGACUGCGGCCUCUCACGAUGGGCAAACCACCCGGCAUGGAGGCGUUAGCCGGCUCUGCCCUGCGCACACCUCUGUCCAUCGCGGGCUCCUAUGCCAGCCCAUUUGCGAUGAUGGGUCAUCAUGAGAUGAACGGAUCCCUGACCAGCCCAGGCGUCUAUCCUGGUCUCAUCUCACCACAGAUGAGUGCUGCAGCUGCUGCCGCCUAUGGACGCUCACCAAUUGCGGGGUUUGACCCUCAUCCUCACAUGAGGGCUCCAGGCCUGCCAGCCAGCCUCACGUCCAUUUCUGGAGGAAAACCAGCUUAUUCUUUUCACGUUAGUGCGGAUGGUCAGAUGCAGCCCGUGCCCUUCCCUCCAGAUGCACUGAUAGGCCCGGGCAUCCCGCGACACGCUCGCCAGAUCAACACGCUGAGCCACGGGGAAGUGGUGUGUGCCGUCACCAUCAGCAACCCCACACGUCAUGUCUACACCGGUGGCAAGGGUUGUGUCAAGAUUUGGGACAUCAGCCAACCAGGGAGCAAGAGCCCGGUGUCCCAGCUCGACUGCCUGAACCGAGACAAUUACAUCCGCUCCUGCAAGCUGUUGCCUGACGGCCGCACCCUGAUCGUGGGUGGCGAGGCCAGCACGCUGACCAUCUGGGACCUGGCCUCACAGACGCCCCGCAUAAAGGCCGAGCUCACUUCCUCUGCUCCAGCCUGCUACGCACUGGCCAUAAGCCCCGACGCUAAGGUCUGCUUCUCCUGCUGCUCGGAUGGAAACAUCGCUGUGUGGGACCUCCACAACCAGACCCUCGUUAGGCAGUUCCAGGGCCACACAGAUGGAGCCAGCUGCAUCGAUAUCUCGCACGACGGGACCAAACUGUGGACCGGAGGGCUCGACAACACUGUCCGCUCUUGGGACCUGAGGGAGGGACGGCAGCUCCAGCAACACGACUUUACCUCACAGAUCUUCUCGCUGGGCUACUGUCCCACUGGAGAGUGGCUGGCUGUGGGUAUGGAGAGCAGCAACGUGGAGGUGCUUCACCACACCAAGCCUGACAAGUACCAGCUGCACCUGCACGAGAGCUGCGUCCUCUCACUCAAGUUCGCCUACUGUGGUAAAUGGUUUGUGAGCACAGGGAAGGACAACCUGCUCAAUGCGUGGAGGACUCCUUAUGGUGCCAGCAUAUUCCAGUCGAAGGAGUCGUCCUCCGUCCUGAGCUGUGACAUCUCAGCAGAUGAUAAAUACAUCGUGACUGGAUCAGGCGACAAGAAGGCCACCGUCUACGAGGUCAUCUACUAAGACGAACGCGCUCCCGCUCUGCUCCAGCACUUCUGAUCAGAUCACUUUUACUUCCCUUUCGACCGUAGUCCGUGGACUACAACAAACUGAGACGGACUACACAUGUGGAGAGCUAACCUGGUGGGAAUGGAUGGAGCUGUUGGCCUGAGGAUACUCGUGCUGGAAAGAUUUUGUUUUUGUCUUUUUUUUUUUUUGUCUUUUUUUUUUUUUUCAGUUUAUUUUUGGGUUCCACUUUUUUGUGACUUUGAAUUUUUUCCUGUUUUUUCUUGAGAAUAUUUGGGUGUUACCUGAUGAAGCGGCGCUUCAUUUCUGAGGACAUCGCUCCUCAGACGUCUUUGUGAAAAGUGUACAUAUCGGAUUAAAUAAAGACAUUUUAUAUAUAUUAUAAGAAUAUAUAUAUUUUCAUGUCCUGGGUGUACUUGUGAUGAUCUUUUUGGCCCACUCUGUCUUCUGCCAUGAUGUCUGAGUGGGAGAGCAGAACAUAGAUUAGAACUUUUUAACAAUUUUGAUUUUUUUGAUCUUAAAGUACAUUCUCCAGGCCGACUUUUUCAGACAUCGCAGAGGAGCAUGAAGCUUGUGAGCAGACAAUUUCGUGGAGAUUUUAAAAUGGCCUUUUGUAACAGUGCUCUUACCGGACGAUGAACACGUGGAGUCCUGACUCGGGUGCCGCCUCGGCUGGUUUGGACCACUUUUGGACCGAGUGGGACGCUACGAUUCAGGAGAAGAGAUGGAUGUAAAUUUAAUUCAUAUAUAUAUAAAAAGACCUUUUUAAAGUGUACAUCUGUCUGUGCUGUCCUCCUACCUGUUUGUUUUACCUUGUUAGAUUGUGGGAGAUGGGAUCGUUUAAUGUUUAGCCUAACCCUUGGACCUCAGUUGGCAGCAGAAGCACUGCAGCAGGCACAAACUGAGUGACAAUGUGCUUUUUGCUAACGUGAUGUAAUCUGGAUGUUGAAUUGCACCAUUGAUUCCUCAAAAAGUCCAAUCCGUGCUAUUGGGAUCACUCUGCCCCUGUUGGUAUCUUAUCAAUAUUCCUGGAACCUGUUUGGUCGGCCGUGACGGGGAGACACAGGGAGACUGGUGACAAAAUGAUAAAUGAGUAAAUCAAGUGUCUCCCAUGUUGACGUGAAGACGACAGUGAUGAAUUCCGGUCUGCACGCUGUGCUCCUGAUCCUGUCAGCAUUUCCCAGAGAACUAAAGGGGCGACCCGCGGCCGUCCCUCUGAAUCACACCAAAGUAUGUAGCAAAUGCUGUCAGCACUGAAAAGAAAUGUACAGUUGUUAAUAAAUCAAUAAAACCGUUUUUGUAGAAUGGCC